AUGGGUAUCAAGGGAAUUCGAACGGCUCUGAAAGUUGACCUCAACAAGCCUGCGCGUGAACAAUCUGGCUUACAUAACAGAUGGCAUCCAGAAGUGCCGGCCGUCGGGAAGAUUGCCAACAACGAGGUUGUCAAGAUCGAAUGCCUUGAUUGGACAGGGGGCCAGAUCGGAAACAACGACUCAGCAGACGAUCUCAGAAAUGUAGACCUAACUCAGAUCCACUACCUCUCUGGUCCAUUCGACAUCGAGACAGCAGAGCCCGGUGAUGUCUUGCUCGUUGAGAUACAGGAUGUCCAACCAUUUGAAGAUCAACCCUGGGGAUACUCUGGUGUAUUCCACAAAGAGAAUGGAGGCGGGUUCCUUGACAAGAUUUACCCUGAAACUGCUAAAGCAAUUUGGGACUUUGAAGGGAUCUUCUGCUCUUCUCGACACAUUCCGCACGUUCGCUUUGCAGGAUUGAUCCACCCUGGGAUUCUAGGCUGUGCUCCAUCGGCAGAGAUUUUGGCUGAAUGGAAUCAUCGCGAGGGCGAGCUCAUUGCAGCGAAUGCUGUUGCUGACCAAAUUGUCGCCCAGCCACCUAAUCCCACGAACGCCCAUGGCGGAAAUGCCGCGGGCGAUGUACAAAGCAGGAUUGCCAAGGAGGGGGCUCGGACUAUUCCAGGACGUCCAGAGAAUGGUGGCAAUUGCGACAUCAAGAACCUCUCGCGCGGAUCCAAAAUUUACCUUCCCGUCCACGUCCCUGGAGCAAAGUUCUCCGUCGGCGACUUGCACUUCUCCCAAGGCGAUGGUGAAGUCUCUUUUUGUGGCGGUAUUGAAAUGUCUGGUGUGAUUACACUCAAGUUCACAGUCAUCAAGAAUGGCAUUGCAAAGCUGGACAUGAAGUCUCCGAUAUUCCAUGCAGGCCCUGUGGAGCCGCAAUUUGGUUCUGGGAGAUACCUGACCUUUGAAGGAUUCUCGGUCGACGAGAACGGAAAGCAGCAUUUCUUGGAUACAACCGUUGCCUAUAGACAAGCUUGCCUGCGCGUGAUUGAGUAUCUUCGGCGCUAUGGGUACAGCGACUAUCAGAUUUAUAUUCUGCUAAGUUGUGCACCGGUGCAAGGGCAUAUUGCGGGAAUUGUGGACAUUCCAAAUACAUGUACCACUCUUUCGGUGCCAAUGGAUAUUUUCGAUUUUGACAUUCGUCCUGAAGCUGAUGUUGUCAAGAAAGAGAUGGCCAACUGCGCUUUUGCAAGCAAGUAG